CCACCGUCCUGGCCGCUGCCCCGCUAACCCUCCCCCUCCUCCCCUCCCCUCCCCCAGGCCGGGGAGGAGGGGCGUCCGCGCACCUGCGGGUGGAGGACCGGGCCCGGAGGCCAUCCCGCGGCAGAUUGUUAAGUUAAUCAAGUUGUCCAAAGAGCACCCUAUCACCUUGGCGAUCGGCGACGGCGCAAAUGAUGUCAGCAUGAUCCUGGAGGCCCACGUGGGCAUCGGCGUCAUUGGGAAGGAAGGUCGUCAGGCUGCAAGAAACAGUGACUACGCAAUACCCAAGUUUAAGCAUUUAAAGAAGAUGCUGCUUGUUCAUGGGCAUUUUUACUAUAUUCGAAUAUCCGAGCUUGUGCAAUACUUCUUUUAUAAGAAUGUCUGCUUCAUUUUCCCUCAGUUUUUAUACCAGUUCUUCUGUGGAUUUUCACAGCAGACUCUGUAUGACACUGCCUACCUGACGCUCUACAACAUCAGCUUCACCUCCCUCCCCAUCCUGCUCUACAGCCUGAUGGAGCAGCACGUCGCCACGGACACGCUCAAGAGGGACCCUGCCCUCUACAGGGACAUCGCCAAGAACGCGCUCCUGCGCUGGCGCGUGUUCAUCUACUGGACGCUCUUAGGCUUGUUCGACGCGCUGGUAUUUUUCUUCGGUGCUUACUUCAUGUUUGAAAACACGACUGUGACCAGCAACGGGCAGGUGUUUGGAAACUGGACGUUCGGGACCCUGGUUUUCACAGCCAUGGUGUUCACAGUCACCCUGAAGCUGGCGCUGGACACCCACUACUGGACCUGGAUAAACCACUUUGUCAUCUGGGGGUCGCUGCUGUUCUACGUCGUCUUUUCCCUCCUCUGGGGAGGAAUCAUCUGGCCCUUCCUCAGUUAUCAAAGGAUGUACUACGUGUUCAUACAGAUGUUGUCCAGCGGCCCCGCCUGGCUGGCCAUCGUCCUGCUGGUCACCGUCGGCCUGCUGCCCGACGUCCUCAAGAAGGUGCUGUGCAGGCAGCUGUGGCCAAGCGCCACCGAACGAGUGCAGAGGAGCCCGAGCCGCCCAGCCCCGGCCAACGCCGCGCCGAGCCCCGACCGGCCGCUGCUGACGGACCCCGAGCCCCGGCCGAGGCGCGAGUAGCAGGAGGAUAGACCUCGCGCUCCGUGUCAGGACCACCUCUGGGGAGUUACCCACUUGCUUCUCUGUAGUCUCCAGCCCCAGGCAGCGCCCUGGAAGGCAGGGAACGCGGGGCCCCUCCUGCUCCGUCUCUCCCACCCGCGGCCCCAGGGGCGACCACACGCAAGGGUCCAGCCGCGAAGGGCCGCGUGGCGUGUGCUGCUCUUGCGGCCGGAAGAGCAGGAAGACGGGACAGGCGUCCCCGAGUGGCGACCGGGAAGGACACGCACGAGCCCGCUACCCUCCCUGGCCCCGUGGCGAGGGGAGGACUUCUGCUCGGGGGUCUCGGUCCGCUCCAGGCACGGCCACCACACCAGGACCUCCGGGGAGCAUGGCUAAGCCUCGCAGGCGGGGGUCCGGUCUGCUCCGUCCUCCCAAGCCUGACACCUCUGCUUUCGGAGCGGCCGGCGGACACCCCAGGACCGGCCCCCCGCCCGGUCCACGGCUGCCGUCCAGACCUGCGCGUGGUGGCGCUGACCGCGGGGCGAGUCUGGCCCGACCCCGCCCCUCCGGGGGAGGUGCUGCCCGCGUGCCCAGGGAGCCCCCUCUCUGUCCCCCGCUGCCUCUAGGGGGGCCUGGCCCGUAAGGCACAAGCUCCGAGAGGUGCCCCUUCCCGCUCCGAGGGCGCAGGCGCGGUUUGCUGUUGUGGGAAGGGUGUUUCGGGGUUUGCGGGGACGCGUGGGGUCUGGGUGCCGGGGGCCGGCCUCUGCUGCGGUGCUCAGACCCCCACGGGGAGCGGCCUCUCGGGCGCGUGGGCCCCCAGAUCCGUGCCGGGCUCAGGGUCGCCGGGGCGGCCCGGGAAACCCAAGAGCAAUGCCGCCGCCCGCACGCCGCCCGCAGGCAGCUGCGCGGUAAACCCUGUCGCUCUCCUGUAACGGAAUCUCCGUUUCUAGAAAUAACCCGUUCGACGUAGCCUUAAAGGUCCGUAAGGAAAACAUUUCAGUUUGAGGUUCAAACUUCAGAAGGUACAACAGACAGCGUUUUAGGGGAGGGUCACCCGGAAGCCAAGCGCUGCCCCCGCAGGCCGCCCUGUGGGCCGAGGCCCGUGCUGAGCCCGCCGGGUCCGCCCCCGCGUCGCCCGGACCGCGUGGUUCGCUGGGGUGGUGCUCACCUGGGAGAGCCUGAUUUGACCGAGGGGAGGAGCUGACCGCAGGAACAGGGUACCCAGGUGGCGCGGAGGAAGCAGGACGCAUACCAAAGAGUGGGGUGAGGGCCGCGGGGGUGAGGCUGGGGUGGGGGCGUCCUCCCGAGGCCCCGCCCCCUCGCUGUUCCUCAGGCCCGCGGCCUGCGUGUGGCCCACACUAGACCCUGCAAGCAGCGGUGUGUGCGUUUUUACAGCCGUUUUUAAGAACCUAAAAUGGGUAUAAAUGUCAUACCUGUGGGGGGCAGAUUCUCUGUAUGUUUAGUUAACAAAUUCUUUGUAAUGUAUUUUUUUAGAGAUCUUAAAAUUGCCUUUGCACUGAAGUAUUUUCAUAGCUGUUUAUAUCUCUUUUAUUCCUUUAUUUGUUAACGUACCAUAUCUAAUUUUUAAAGUAUGUUUUUAAAGCUUUUAUUUUUUAAGUUGAAGACAUUUUGGCCACUUUACAUUUAAAUUCUGAUGAACGUUUUGGCUGAAUGUCUCAAUAUCUGAUGAAUGUGAAUUUUCAGAUUUGACUUUAUUCUCUGCACCUGUUUUGUUUUUGGUGUUUCUGGCAGUAGCGAGUAGUUACAAGGCAUAGAGUCUGAUCAUUUGCUCUGCUCUUUCUUCACCAUUCAUUGCAAUUUCAUCUGCUUUUUGUUUAGUUUUUAGUUUCUAGCCUUCAGCCUUAAAAUAGGAGCUUCUUGACGGUUCGCUGUCUCCUUUCUGCCUGUAUCCAGACGGUUAUCACUUACCUCGGAUAAUUCAAGUCUCCUUAGGACAGUUACUGACCAUUACACGCCCCAGUACGUCUUCUUAAAAUUGUUUGGGAAGUUCCUAAGUGCGCCUGAAAAUGUGAGAUGGACCAGGGGCAUGAGACCAGAGGCCGGAGAGGGACGGGGAACCAGGGAAGGGACAUUUCAGACAAGACAGUGUGGCUCCCACCUGGCGGUGGGCAGUGCUUACUCGCCUUAAACUGACCUUAGAGCAAGUAAUUUAAGCAUCUUCCUUGGUUUUGAAAAUCUUACAGCUGCACAAUAACCACGUAUUAACAUUUCCCCCGUUGGUCCGGAUGUCUGGUUCCCGACCGCCACGCCACCCCCCAGAGCUAGCUGUCUGUGCGGCCACUCCACCGGAGGAGACCCGCCCUCGGGACCACCGCCAGACCCUCCCAGCUGCAGCCACGUCCCGGCUGGGAGAAGAGACGCUCUCUCGGCCACUCCUGUUAGAACCCCAGUCAGCCCAUUCCCGUGCCCUUAACUCCACGGGCGGACAUAGACCAAACGACCCCCAGAGGCGCGGCCCGGAGAGGCUCGCUGGGGGCGGAGCUUCCGCAGCGACAGGUCGCAGCCGCCUAGUAGCCUUGUGAGACUUUGCAGCUUGAACUUACAGCAAUGCCUCGCACACAGUUUAACUAUUCUUAAAUUCAUGGGCAUCAACCAAAAGUUCAGGGCAACCUAAGGGAAGUUUCCAGCCUUUUUCUUUAAAACCACUAAGUUCAUCUGUUUUGCACUGAUUAUGAAUAACCUGAUGCAACCACUUCUGCUUAUCUUAAUUAAUGGUAUUUAUUUAACAACUCAGUGUAACAGCUUGGUAUGCACUUUCUUUUGGAAGUUUCCCAUUUCUAACUUUAAAAACAGGAAAAAUGUCAGCUGGCAAAUGCAUUCAUUCUGUUGUCAUUUUUUUUUAAUAAGUUAAAGGGUAGAUGAAUGGGGGUGAGAAUCGUUUUGAUGUCUAUAAACAAAGCUUUAAUGAAGAUGUGUUGGAGUAUUAUUAAAGUGUGAUUCUACUUUUGCAGAAAAAAUCUAAAGAUCAGUUUAUAUAGCUUUAUUUUUUACCUUAUCAAAAUAUACAGAAUUUUAAUAUGCAUAUAUUGUCUCUGACUUAAAAUUAUGUGCGUCUGCAUUGCUGUUUAAAAUGUUCAUUAUGUAAUGUGAUAAAAGAGAAUCUUCAAAAAUAUAUUUAACACAAAUGUAUCUAUAGGUAUUGUCAUCAUAAAUACUGGAAUUUAUUUUUAAAUUAUUGAAUAUAGUAGGUGUGUUUAAGAUAAUAAAUCAACCUCUGAACAGUAAUGUUUAAUUGAUAAUUUAUUAAUCUGCUUUGAAAAAUUAAAUGGUGAAUUAAACCAAAUCUUAAAUUUCUGUAAAAUUUAUUUUGUAUGCUACUGUUUUUAACUUUUAUUUCUGUAGAUAAAGUAUAUCUUCAUAAUAUUAAUUAUGAUUGGACUUUUCUGCAGAAUAUCUAGGCAGGAGACCUGAAUCUGCUUGCAAUAAAGAAGAAAAAGUU